AUGGGGAAUGAGAAAGAUGUCGAGGUUGGACCGGGUGAGCCCCAUGUCGCCGCUCCCCCGAACUACCAGAAGGAAGAUGCUGGACAGAGUGAAUACAUUCGUUCCCUGAUGGAAAAGGAUCUUCUCGACAGCCGAUAUAACCAGACUCAGCGUGGUUUGAAGUCAAGACAUGUGCAGAUGAUGGCUCUCGGUGGCACUAUUGGAACCGGUCUGUUCGUCGGUAGCGGUCAAGCCCUUGCAAUUGGUGGUCCUGCUUUUUUGCUCGGUGCUUAUAUUUUCAUUGGAACCUUGGUCCUGAUGGUCGUCACCGCGAUCGCGGAAAUUGGAACUUAUCUGCCUGUACACGGUGCGAAUAUGAGUUACUACGGAUACCGGUACGUGUCUCGAAGUCUUGGAUUUGCUCUUGGAUAUCUUUAUUGGUAUUCCAUGGGUAUCUUGGUUCCGAACGAAAUCGUCGCCGGCGCGUUGAUUAUAGAAUACUGGCAAACGAAUGUCCAUAUCGCCGUAUGGAUCACCAUUCUCCUUGUCGUCAUUCUUGCGCUAAACGCGCUACCGGUUCAAUGGUACGGAGAGUCGGAAUUUUGGUUUGCCAGUCUUAAGGUUAUGAUGUUGCUAGGCUUGCUCAUCCUUUCGUUUGUUCUCUUUUGGGGAGGUGGCCCCAGCCGGCGACGUCUGGGUUUUCAUUACUGGAAGAAUCCGAGUGCUGCCAAUGAAUACAUUCUCAAAGGAGAUACGGGCCGUUUUAUUGCUUUGCUGCAAUGCAUCGUCCUCAGCGCAUUUGCCUUUCUUUUUGCUCCAGAAUUGAUCAUCCAGACCGCUGGUGAAAUGCAAUCUCCACGAUACAAUAUUCCCCGCGCCUCCAGACGAUACUUUUAUCGAUUAUUCUUCUUCUACAUCUUGGGCGCCCUCGCAAUUGGCGUUAUCUGCCCAUCCAAUAACUCCGCUUUAACAAACGGUGGUGCCGGUGCUGGCUCCUCUCCCUUCGUCGUUGGCAUCAAAAAUGCCGGUAUUCCGGUGCUCGACAGCGUCGUCAACGCAGUCAUUCUCACUUCUGCAUGGAGCUCCGGGAAUUCCUUCCUGUAUAUGUCGUCUCGUGCUCUAUACUCGCUGGCUAUGUCCGGUAACGCCCCCAGCAUUUUCAAAUCUUGCAAUCGAUAUGGACUGCCAUACUAUGCUAUGAUGGCCAGUGCUUGUUUUUCUGGAUUAUCCUACCUAGCCGUUGCGAAGGGCAGCUCUUUGGUCUUUAAUUGGUUUGUCAGUCUUAUUAACACCUCCGGUUUCAUCUCGUGGACCUGCUGCUGCAUCAUUUAUUUCCGCUUCCGCAAAGCUACUGAAGUUCAAGGCGUGGUACGACCCUACCGGUCUCAUCUACAGCCAUAUGGUGCUUAUAUCGGCAUAUUUGGUUUUAUCUUCCUCACGUUUAUCAACGGUUUUCAGGUAUUUUUCCCUUCGAAGUGGAAUAUCUCUGGCUUCUUUACCGCGUAUAUUGGCAUUCCUGCAUUCUUGAUAUUGUACUUUGGCCACAGAAUAGCUUACCGGAAAGAUCCCUGGGCUUGGAGAGCAGAAGAUAUCGAUUUGGUGACGGGUCUAGAAGAGAUCAUAGCGGCAGAAGAGCCCCCUAAGGUUCGCAAAGGGCCGAUUCGAUAUAUUUCGUUCCUUUGGGAGUAA